AUGGAAGACCUCUCUGAUACACCGUCUGUGACUGCGCAAAAAGUCUCCACGGCCAAGCAGAAGAAGGAUACAGCAGAUCAGGCAUUCAAGUUAGGAAACACGAAGGACGCUCUGAAAGCCUAUCAUGAGGCGCUCAUGUAUCUUCUAGGACUCGACAAGAACGCGCUUCAAAGCAUAGGCAUGGCCGCAAAGCCUGCUGAGGGUUCGUCUGGUGAGGGCAAAGACAAGGAGAGGACAGAGGUCGACGAAAUUGUGGAGAAAAUCUACGCAAACAUGUCUGCAUGCCAUCUGAAGAAUCAAAACUGGAAGCGAGCAGAAGAGACGGCAAAUAAGGCCCUUGCCAAGAACGAGAGUAAUUACAAGGCAAUGUUCCGAAAGGGUAAAGCAUUGGGAGAACAAGGAUUCUUCGAGAAGGCCCUCAAGGUUCUGGAGGAUCUCAAGACCAAGAACCCCUCCGAUACUGCACUCGUGGACACAGAAAUCGCGAGGCUGCGAACAAUUGACAACGAAAGAGAGCGCGUCCAUAAGCAGAAGAUGAAAGGUUUCUUGAACAAGGCCGAGAAGAAGGGCGCGUCAAUCUCAGACGAUGUCGAACCAGUGGCGAUCGAGUCAGGCUUUAUCGAAGAAGUGAAGGAAUAG